GCAGUCCCCUCCCGCCCCGGCCCCACCUGGGGAAGAGCUUAAAGCCCAGCCGGGGUGGCCCGCGCGCAGACGGCGCCCCUGCACCAUGCUCCCGGCCAGCAGCGCGCUCGUCCUCGUGGGGCUCCUGGCGCUCUGGGCCGAGCUGCCGCCGGCAUCUGCCCAGAAUGACACCACGAAAGCCGGCGUGUGCCCCGACGCGGCGGCGGCGGAGGCCAACUGCACGCUGGGCUGCCAGGCCGACAGCGACUGCGAGAGCAGCCGCAAGUGCUGCCCGGCCGCCUGCGGCAGGGCCUGCCAGGACCCCGACGAGAAGCCGGGCACCUGCCCGCCGGUGAAGCCGGGGAUCCCCAUGCUGGGGCUCUGCGUGAACCAGUGCAAGACGGACUCCAACUGCUCCGGGGCCCUGAAGUGCUGCCGCAACGGCUGCGGCAAGGACUCCUGCAUCACCCCGCUCCAGUGAGGCACCGCCGGCGCCGGGGAGUCGCUGCCGCCGCGCUCGCCCAGCCGGGCCCCGGCCCGCACCCCGCUCGGAGCCGCGGCACCCUGCCCCGGCGCUCGCCGCAGCCCCGCGCUCUCGCCAAUAAAGCAGCCUCUCCCCGCA